AUGGAUGACAUACUGACCGCUGUCAAAACAGCACGCAACGAUAAUCAAACUUCACUACCCGCGGCUAAACCGCUGAUUGAACCACUGGACGAAACGCCGAUCAAGCAAACCACCAUCCAGGUUUCUCCGGCACAUAUACUGGAAAUCCUGAAAACUCAUCCAGGAGAGGAUGAGCUGUAUCAAGCUUUGAGAUGGCUUGAUCCGACAAAAAAGAACGGAGAGCGGGGGUCUUUUGACAUACGACAUGCUAGUCCGCUUACUGCUCCAAUUCUUCAAACCCUAGCCAGCAACACGAUCCCUGACCACUGGAAAAACGUGGAAAAGUCAUCUUCCAAGACAAGAGGAGCUCUGUUAAGAUGUUUGUGUAGUAUUGCUGGAGUGCGGGCUCUGGUGACUAGCCUGCAAAUCUCUAUCAAUGCCUUGCGAACGUCACCGCAGAAAGAGAAAGAUUCCGGGAGGAAGCUCGCUAUUCAAGACAUUGUCUCAUUUCUAGCUGCGCUAUUGAAGCCAGCUGACUUUGUCUGUCGAACAUAUAAGAAUAAUGCUUCUAUGUAUGACACUAGCAGCAAACGGCGAGUGAGUUGGUCGGAAUUCUGUUCAUUACUCGCAGGCGGCAAAGUUUUGUCGACUAUUGCAGAGGCCCUCUCAUUUACAGAGACGAUGAAAGGAACGACCUCUGUUUCCUGGAUUGGAGAAGGAGCUAGCUUUUCUGGUUGGCUUGGCCUCAACAUGAGCCACAUGGUCCUUGAAAGCGGCCAAAAGGACGAUGAAUUUUGGAAGGCCGCUUCAGUCAUGAUUGGUCGUGCGAUAGGCCUUGGUCAUACAGAAAAGUUUGUUCAUGAAUUAUAUACAAACACAUUUGAAGGCGAUGCACCAUCUCGGUCUUGGCAUUGCUUUUUCGAUCUUCUCCGGCCUCAUGAGCAGGUUGCUAUAGUCCAAAGCAUUCUCAAGGAUCUGCAAGCAACUCACUUUAGCUCAUAUGAACAAAAGGGCCGUGAUAGUGAUGGCAUUGUUGGUGGGGUUGCAGCCCUUGUGUCUCAUUACCUUGAAGGAAAAACCUGUGUUCAAGAAACAAUCCAAAGCUGGCUCUCGACAGGAAACAGCAACGUCGUAACCACGAUUGGGCUUCGCCGCGUACUGCUUUUGUUAUACUCGAGAGAUUCAGACACCAUGAGAGAUCUCUUUACUCACAGUUUAAGUAACUUUGGAGACGCUUUUAGCAUUAAACACUCUCUGCUGCAAUUCCAAGAAGCGAAUGCGCAAAUAUUGCUGCUGGCUGCUGGGUAUUUAUAUCGUUCACAGCCUGGAGAAAUAGAGAGCAUCGCACGAUCAUCCAUUUACUUAAACGCAGUUUCCAACAGACUGGCGGCGUCUUCUUCAAGGGCUCGCUUCCUAGGAAUGGUUAUUGGCAUGGCUAUAUCUGAACUCGUUGAGCCUCCUGGGAAAGGACUGAAAUUCGACCUCGAAGGGCUCGAGACUGAAGAAGCGCGGUGGUAUCUAAGUUUGACACGGAUGCAAGAUAAAAUAGGAUCAAUUUCAGAUCUGAAACGUUCAAAACACGGCGAAGCAGAAAAACCUAAACAGAUAACAGCCAACCGCCCACGCACAUCUCGCCCCCCAACAACAGUCCAUACUAGACCGACCGCACGGAUUGUCGCAAUCGAAGAAAUAGGAGAUGAUGAAGACGAGGAGGAGGAGAAUGACGAAUUUAUCCCUUACGAAAAGCCGGAUAGUGAUGCUUCGGAUGAGGAGGAGGACCCAACGCUAAUUCAAAGAGGAAAGCUAACAGCUCCUGUGUAUAUACGUGACUUGAUUGCAUAUCUGAGAGACUCUGAAAAUGCUGAUCGGUAUCAUCUGGGGAUAACAAACGCACCAUCGCUAAUUCGUCGAAAGGCCGCUUUUGGAACUGAGUUGGUUGAAAGCAUUGAUGGUCUGGCAAUGGUGAUAGUUGGCCUUCAAGAUACCUAUUCUCUGCCUAAGUUUCACGAGUAUCGCCUGCAAGCAAUGAUUGCUUUACUUGUGGCACAGCCGGUUCGCAUGGGCCAGCUUUUUACUUCCACCUUUUUUGAUGGCGAUCUAUCCCAGACCCAGCGAUCAGCGAUAUUGACAGCUUUGGGUUUAGGAGCGCGAGAACUAGCUGGACAUCGCGAAGAUGAUGCCAAAGUCAUGGGGCUUCCCUCAUCUAUUUCUCAUGAGGCUUUCCCUUCGAAGAAGUUACCUAGCCACUUACAAGGACUAUACUCGGAAACAGGCGAAGAGUCACCAGUUUCGACCCUAACGAGACAAAUGUCUCGCACCUCACUGCAGCCGUUGGCGCUCGACGCCGCAGAUGCUGCAUCGGGACCCAACGCUCUAAAAGUACGGACAUUCUCCUCACGAAUGGAGGUUGAGCGGCAACGACAACAGCGUGAAGCACAGCGAAAGAAGAAGACAGUCUCGACGAAUUUGCACAAAGACUUGACCGAGGGCUUUUUCCACCCACUGGUUGGACGUUUUGCAGCUAUGCUGCAGUCAAGCUCGUCAUUGUCAAGUGGUUACAGCCAUUUUAAUUCCCCAAAUAUCCUUCGACUUUUCAUUCAGACCAUCACACUAGUGAUAUCCACGUUGGGCCCACAUUCACCGGCUCUACCGACCGUUACCCAAGACACCUUUACCCUCAUCCUCGCGCUUCACGGAAAACCUAUAUCAACCGAGCCUGUCGUUCUCCCGGCACUUCUAUCCCUAUUUUUAGCUUCCAUUGACCUAAACACCGCGGCGGGCUCAUCGGCAGAAGAAAGGCUAGUCACCGACCAUGCAACUGAAGUGAUGGAGUUGCGAGAAUGGACGAAUGAUGUUUUCGAGCGAACGCCAGCUGCAUCAGGCAGUACAACAUCCCCAGGAAACCCGGACGAUAUGCAACAGACGAGAAUUCUCGCUGCAGGAAUUUUGGUUAAGAUCGGAGAGGUUAUUGAGAGGUAUCAAAGGCGUUUGAUGGGCGUCAAUGUGGGAUUUAAAUAUUAA